GGGCGUUCCCUUCUGAACUUGUGUACGAGGAUGUGGGUUUCAAUUUCUCCAUGUGUGACGUGUGGGUGAGUGUUUGCUUGCCAUAUUGUAACAUUGGAUUCUGGUCAGGACUUAAAAAUGACGAGAUAGUGAGAAAUGUAUCAUAUUGAUAGCAGAAGUGAUCGGGUAAAGCUUCGCCGAUAAAUCAAAAAGUAAGAAAGUGGAACUUCCGGGGAAGGAAAUAGAAAUCAUGACGAACCGUUAUACACAAACACAGUCACGGAGGCCUGUUAUAAAGUUUCCAUAUUUUUGUGACUUUAGGACUAUAGUCUGUUAUAUAUUUAUCACAAUUAUUGCAUCUAGUCAACUUGCUUCGGGUGAAUACCUGAACGAAAUCGCCGUCCAUGUCCGGGGGGGAAGGUCUGUCGUUGAUCGUAUAGCAGAGAGACACGGAUUCAUCAACCAAGGACAGAUCGGGAACCUUAAGGACCACUAUUUACUAGAACAUCCUCAUAUACGGAAACGAUCCGUUAGUCCCAGUCAUGUCCAUCACGAACGUCUUUCACGGGAGCCCGAGAUUUUAUGGUUUGAACAGCAGUUUGUGAAGAAAAGAGUGAAGAGAGAUUUGACAUUUACAGAUAAGCUUUGGAAUAAAGAAUGGUAUCUGCAUGGUGGAGGUCGGCGAGGGAGAAAUGGACCGGGAGGGUUCGAUAUGGGAGUACAGGGAGCCUGGAAGAUGGGUUACACAGGCAGGGGUGUAGUCAUCACUAUACUGGACGAUGGGAUAGAGAGAGACCACCCAGACCUUAUAGAGAACUAUGAUCCGUAUGCCAGUACAGACAUCAACAGCCAUGACUCCGACCCCAUGCCAAGAUACGACUUCAGCAAUGAAAACAGACACGGAACUCGGUGUGCAGGAGAGGUAGCUGCCAAGGCCAAUAACUCUAACUGUAUAGUUGGAGUAGCGUACAACUCUGGCAUUGGAGGCGUACGUAUGCUGGAUGGCAAGGUGUACGACAAGGUGGAGGCGGACUCCCUCAGUCACAACCAUACCCAUGUAGAUAUCUACUCGGCGAGUUGGGGGCCAGACGAUGAUGGUCGCGUGGUCGAUGGACCCGGGCCUCUUGCCAAGAAGUCCUUUGAAGAGGGCAUAAAAAGUGGAAGAGGCAAGAAAGGCAACAUUUUUAUGUGGGCAUCCGGUAAUGGUGGACGAGCAGAGGACAGCUGUAGUUGUGAUGGCUACACAAACAGUAUAUAUACCCUGUCCAUUAGCAGUACCUCCCAAAAUGGUGGCAAGCCCUGGUACCUAGAGGAAUGCUCUUCCACCCUAGCUACGACCUAUAGUAGUGGGGCCCCUGAUGAACGACAGAUCAUAACCACCGAUCUCCGCAAAAGCUGUACGGAGACUCACACAGGGACGUCAGCCUCCGCCCCUCUGGCUGCUGGUCUGGUCGCUCUGGCCCUGGAGGCCAAUCCAAACCUGACAUGGAGAGAUGUUCAGUACAUUACAUUGCUGUCUGCUAACCCGGAACCCAUGGUAGACGGACAAUGGCGUGUCAACGGCAUGGGCAGGAAAGUGAGUCUAAGAUAUGGUUAUGGUUUGAUGAAUGCCACACAGAUGGUAUCCCUUGCCGAGCGAUGGACCACUGUACCCAGUCAACAUACUUGUACCAUUAAUGGGUCCAAACAAAAUGCACCAUUGUACAAGUACAGCAUGUUUGAAAACCAGAUAACUACUGAUGGCUGUGCUCGCUCAGCAAAUGAAAUCCGUUACCUUGAGCAUGUCCAUGUUAAAAUUUCCCUUAAAUACAAACGCCGGGGCGAUCUCACAAUUCACUUAAUCUCUCCGAGUGGGACCAAUUCUACACUGCUGCCCAAGAGGAACCGUGAUAUGAGUGAUGGUGGUUUUAACGGCUGGGAAUUUCUAUCUGUACAUUUCUGGGAGGAAAACCCGGCUGGGAGCUGGACUCUACGGAUCGUGGACCAGUUAAACCCAUAUGGUGGCACUGCUCAGCAAGGGACACUCAUCAAAUGGGAGUUGGUGUUGUAUGGUACACAAGACAAACCUGUCAAUCUCAAGGAGACAGUAUCACCAGUCACACCCACAUAUACAUGUCACUCUCAGUGUGUGGAUACGUGUACUGGCCCCAACCCAGAAGACUGUACUCGCUGUAAAUUCUACAGGAUCCAAAAUGGCCCCUGUGUACAAAGUUGCCCGACAGCCUACCGAGCGGACCGUGACUUGUGUGUGCCGUGCAGUGAUAACUGCCAGUACUGUAUAACUGUGUCUGGCUCUAGGGAGCACUGUCAACAGUGUAAGGGGGGUAUGAUGUCUAUAGAGAAUGAAGGCACAUGUGUCACCUCCUGUCCCCCAGGCUACUUCAGAGUUGGUACGUCCACCGUGUGUCGUAGGUGUGCCCAGCAGUGUGAAUUAUGUGAAGAUACGGCCAGUCACUGCCUUAGGUGUGUAGCUGGCAUGGUGCUUAAAGACAACAAAUGUGUACUACCACCGAAACUCUGUCCUGAAGGUACAUACAAGAACAGGGGACAUUGCAAGGCAUGUGACUCAGGCUGUCGUAUCUGUGAUGGGCCGGGAAAAUGCAUCUACUGCAAAAACAGCUUUAACUAUAUCCAGAAUGGCAGGUGUGUUAACACCUGUGACAAAGGAUACCUACCACAUGUACUACAGAUCACAAACCAUCGGGAAUGUCGCAAAUGUAACCAAGGUGUGUGUAACAGCUGCGCGAACGGUUUCAGGAUGUCCAACAGUAUCUGUUUCCAGGAGAACGCCUGUAGUACCAGCAGCUUCUAUGACUGGGCUGUUAUGUCCUGUAAACCAUGCCAUAAGAACUGUGAUACGUGUCACGGACCGGGGGCAACAGACUGUAACUCGUGUCGCAGUCCACUGAUGUUCCACCCUUACCUACAGGCCUGCUUAUCCUGCUGUGUCGACUCGAACCAAGACACGACCAGCUGUUGUAAAUGUGACAUCAACAGAGGUAAAUGCAUUGUCGGCGCCGCUAAAAACCAGAAAGAGCGGAAAAAUUGGCUGGUCCAAUGGCUCAACUCCAAAUCUGGGUGAGCGAAGAGUCUGAGUUUGUAUUGUUUUGUUCUGCAAAUGUGGGAUCGUUCACCGUAUAACCAUGCAGUGCAUCAAUAUGUUAUUUAUAGUGGUACAUAAGUAGUGUCAUCCCAGGUUUAUGAAAGCUGAGGAUGGCAUUGACCUCUAACCCUUUUAUUUGAAUAUGACAGGGUGAAAGGUCUAUGGCUGACAUGACCUUUGACCCUUUCAAUUGAAGAUAACUGGUUAAAAUAGCUAGACCUCAUGGCAUGCUUAUAUAUAUCAGGAUAAUGAAAGGGUUUGAGGUUAUUUGGUGCAUGAAUUCGGUUGCUGAGGCAACCAGUGGGAGAUUACGUACAAGGUUUAAUCAUUAAUACCAUGUGGGUUAUGUAAACAAAAAUUGAAAUGUUUUGAAUAAUUUUUUCAUUCAACUUUUACAAGAUACAGGUAUUCUUAAAGUGACCAAAUUUGCUGGAGAGAAGUGCAAAGAGAGAAAAUCUUGAUUGAUUCGCAUGUCAUAAAGAAAUCAAAUGCAAAAGACAGACUGAAGAUAAUUUUUUAUGUCUGGUUGGGAAAUUCCUCGUUCCUGAAAAGAUAUUCUUUCAAAACUCCUGUUAAAUAUCUUAAAUAAAACCCUUUCAGUUAUAAAAAAAUAAAUCCACGGUGGAUUUUCCUCAUUUGCAUGGGUUUGUUGAUCUGUUGUAGAUGAAUACUAACAUAGGUCGGUACCAGACCAAGUAACAUUUUACUUGUGUUAGGUUGAAAUUGUGAACCAUGCUUCUAAAAAACUAGAAUGGAUUGGCCAGUUUGAUCUCUGUCAUGUAUAAGUUUGCGGUCUGUGUCAUUCACAUGCUUUAAUCUGUGGCCACGAUGUUCAUGUGGCAUGCUUUUUGUCAUUUUCUAGAGAUGAAAUAAGCUGUCUUACAAAUGGAAAAUUAAAUAGGUUCAAUUUUCUUUAAAAGUUACUGCACAUCUGGAUGAAAAAAGACAAAAUAUGAAAACAUUUGAAUCCCAAUAAAUAAUUAUGAUACCACUGAACAUAACAGUUUUUAUUUUGUAGUUGAUUGUUGCUGACAACUCUGAAACAUUACAGGACAUACAUGUACAUAUAUUCAAAAUGAUCAUUGCCACAAUUAUCAGAAAUCCGUAUAUUGUUUUGUAAUUUUUUUCCUCCGAAUGAUGUGUCCUGAGGUAUAUAUGGGUUUGAUAUCCUUUGAAUAUUCAUGUAUAAUUUAGAAUUCUGUUUCAUCGAUCCUGAUGACUGGAUUUUGCUGGUGUGUGUGUUGAGGCCCAUUCACUGUGUAUAUAGUAGCAUGAUACACCGAUUUAACCGGAACAGUGAAAAUUACAGCAAUUUAUCAACAUCUGUUGCAGGAUGGGUUAUCUCCCUUUUGUAUUUUCUGAUACAUUUUGCAGACUUAUCUCCAAGCAUUUUAAAAUUAGAAUGACAUGCAAAGACUUAUUGUAACAAAUUGAUUUUCUAACAUGAUAAUAACAGUAAUUUUAAUUUUGACAUUGUUUUGACUAUGUUAGCUGGAUACACAUUGGAGACUUGUAGUUCUAGCAUGUUUUGUUUCUAGUGGAAACAAUCUUAUCAGAAUACAAAUCAUCGUUAUACACUACGCUAUUAAGUCCUGUAUGAUGAUCUGUACUUCAAUCUGAUUGUAGUAGAGAUUCUCACAGAGGCAGAAGAACAAUACAAAAUUGGACCUGAUAUAUAUAUGGCCGUUUAGAUUAUAAACAUCAUUAUACAUGGGAGGCAAUGUCCACUUAAAUCUCCACAUUUGUCAGGUUCUAAUGAGUGAAUGUGUUCUACCUUUGUCACCACUUUAUUAUAAAAUGCAUGUUAAACAUAACCUUCUAGUGCUUUCCAUUGGUGAUUAUUCUCCACAAAUCAUAAAAUAAAUAUCAAUUAGGAGUAAAGGCGACUGAUUACGACAGAUUCCGUACAGGAUUUUGUAUCAGGCUCAUUAUGUAAAAUUCAUGUUCACAUCUUUUUUGGACUUUUUGUCGUUGUUGUGUGUGAUAACAUAUUGAUUAUAGAUGUUGUUAAUUAUAAAUGCAGGAUAAUUAAUUUAUAAAAUUUUCAUCAUUGUUAAUGUAAUGAAAUUUGCAUGAGAAAUUUAACAUGUUGAACAUUUUUGAAAAUAUAUAAAAUAUUGUAUUGAAAUAAAUAAAUCAUGUUUAAGUAUGCAAUAUUGUUAUAGAGUAUAAAAAAACUAGAUGUGCUGGUUUUUGUUUCUUGUUAAUGAAAAAAUAUUUAUAAAAAUAUAAUUCUGGGCUUUGAUAAAAUUGUCUACAUGUUAUAUGGGAAGCCAAAGAAAUUUGAGCAAACAAUAUACCAAGGAAUGCUUUUGUAAAAAUUGUCUGUUAAAAUUGAAUGCUGGAAUAAUUUCUCUAUUGCAGUUUUUUUGUAUUUUGAUGUAAUGUGAAAUGUUUUAGUUUUGGUUAGAAUCUCUUCUUUUCAAAGUGCUGCACAGAUGGCCUAGACCUCUUUCUGGUCAUGCUUUUUAUAGACUUUAUAUGUUACCAUGGUAACAGGAGUUAACACAAGAGUUAAAGAAUGAUUGCGCAUCAGUCAGACUCUUGAGAAUUAUUGUGUCAUCAUUUUGUAAUUGCGCCUCAUCUAAAAGCAAUGCCUGUCUGUUUUUGCACAUACCAACUGAGGCUGCUAAGAAAGGAUUCCAGAUAUAUGGUACAAUAUUACUCACCAGAAUUCUUUCCCAGGGGUGACAUGGUACAAUAAUAUUACUCACCAGAAUUCUUUCCCAGGGAUGACAUGGUACAAUAAUAUUACUCACCAGAAUUCUUUCCCAAGGAUGACUCUCUAUAGACCAGUACAAGGAAAAUAUUAACAAACGUUGUUAUGCAGAUAUAACAGGAUGCAUGCAUACUAUUGUUGUAUGAAUUUGGCCACCUAUAUAUCUAUGCAUUGUGAUGAUAAGUAACAGCAUUAUCUAGUCUCCAUUGCCAGUCACUUUAUUGUACCUUUGUAUUGUAUAUGUUCUCAGUAAUAAGUCCAUUUCUAUUGCUGUACAGUACCUGGCAUUCACCUGUGGUAACCAUCCCCCUGACUUUGUGUUCACCACUUGGGCUUAUACAUGUAGCAGGAUAAAUGUGGUACAUGUACUUAAAUUUUAGUAAAAUGAUCUACUUAAGUAAAACCAAAUCACUUUAAUUUGUGAAUUUGUAUAAUUCCAGGUGAAACUCCACAAACAUGAUUUUUAUAUUGGUAUAUAGGGCUGGUCUCUCCCUGUAUAUUUUGAUUCAUUAGGUACGGUUGCAUGUGCUUUGUAUUUAGCGUGUCUGUGUAUUUUAUCUGGAUAUUUUAAAUGUUUAUACGAGGCCUUUCUCUCUUAUCACCUGUCACAUACACCUGUAAUUGUAUUGUCAUGUUAAUAUGGUCUCUUCUGUAGAUUUUUAAAUUUUUGACUUCAGACCAAAAAACUUCCAGGUUAUGUGGCCGUGUAUGUGUUUCUUUUUAAUAAAAUCAUCCAAGAGUGUGCAUAUCAUUAUAUUGUGAUGGAAUCAAGUCAUUUCACUAGUAGAUGUUUUAAUGAAACUCAUCCCCCCCCCCCCCGCAAAUAAAACUUAAUUACAUUGUACUUGUUUUCAAUGCUUGUCAUCUUAUUUUUAGUAGAUCAUUUCAUAACCAAAGUUUGAGCAUGUAGUGGGAUGCUUAAAUCCAUUGUGUGCAAAUUUUUCCUUAUGUUGAUAUAUUAUGUAACCGGCGUCACUCUGAAAUCAAAUUAAAUUUGAAACAUGUGUAGCUCAGAUGGCCCUAUUAUGUCAAUGGCCCUAUUAUGGCCCUAUUAUGUCAAUAUUAUAUCUUGUCUGAGAGUUUUGAGAGUAAAGAUUGAAUAUAAUUGAGAGUGUGCAGGGAACGAUGGCCGCACACAUGUAAGUGAGCUGUCAAAAAUUGUCAUGUAAGGCAUACUACUCUCUAGCCAGAAUUUCCUCUGGCCCUGACACCAUGAACUCGGGCCUACACCAGACAUGGUGUCAGGGCCAGAGGAAACUCGGGCCUACACCAGACAUGGUGUCGGGGCCAGAGGAAACUCGGGCCUACACCAGACAUGGUGUCAGGGCCAGAGGAAACUCGGGCUAACUACUCUCAAAACUCUCUGCCACAUGGAAACAAACUCUUACUUUCCAAUUAAGAAAUUGAGUAACCUCUUGGGAGAGCAUUAAAGCCUUACACUAGGCAAGUAUGUAAUUUCACCGACUAGCAUUACAGAUUGAAGUCGAUACCAUUCUGACCAGGGAAGGUCUACAAUGUAUAUAUUUUGACCUCAUGAUGUUUAUGGGUAAAUCUGACACCUGAAAUUUGAUAAUUUUUCUACCAUAAAUCAUCCAAAAUCUCAUUAACUUUCAUUCUUGUUUAUUUUCUAACAGUUUCCAUGUCAAUAUUUGUGUUUUUUGAUUUAUGAAAGUCAUAUUAAAGUAGUUUUAACUGGAGUCUGUGAUGCUACAAAGCUGGUCUGUGUUUUUAAAUAUAUAAUUUUACAUGUUUUGAUGUGUCUAUAUAAUAAAUUAUCAUUUUAUGAUAUGAAUGGUAAUAUUUUCACAGAAUCACAUGGAGAAACUAAACUGUAAGAUAAAGAUGAACAGUUUUAUGAUUUAUAUUGGAGUCACUAUUCUGAUGAGGAGAAAAUAUUGUAGGAAUAUAUUUUUGCAAUAUCACUGUAAUCACAAGUAUUUAGUAAUAUUUAUGUACCAUGGAAAUGAAUAAUAUUAUUGUUUGCACAAAA